UCUCCCUACCCCGCUCGCUCUCUCUUUCCUUUUCCUCCGGCUCCAACAAUGGGUCUCAUUUUUGUUGCUGGAACUGUACCGGUGAGCCACCGGUAUGGCUCGGAUCAGCAAGAAUCAUCCAGUUUGGGACGGUUCUGUCGAUCUUGGUUCUAAAUCUGUGGACAUAAGUAAAUAACUUGUAAAGUGGAACAUCAGCUAUUUCAGGACACUUACUGAUUCCUGUUCUAAAACUUCAUGCACCACCUUCUUUCGUCUUAGAGGAUUGCUUGGUAUUCACUUCUUCUUUACUUUCUCUCCUUUCCUUCAAUAGUUGUCUACUUUAUAGGUGGUUGAACUUGUAGGGUUUGCAAAAAUGGCGGAAGAGUGCUGCAACCUCCUAUUUAUAGAUGGCUUGUAAGCCUUUGGUGUCUCACCAUGGGAUAUUAGCAACUAGGUUUCCAGUAUAGGAGAAGCUAGGUGGCUGAAUUUCUGGUAUGAGGCACUGCUUUACCAGUAAUAAGCAUGAGGUGGUAGCUUAAUGAAAAUUAGCAUGAAGUGGCAAUUAAUAAAUAUACUAGAGGUGGCACAAGCAUGAGGUGGUUGUUUAAUACUUAGCAUUUUUGAUGAGCAUGAGCUGGCAGAUGUCAAAAGAUGCAUGAGGUGGCAGAUGUCAAAAGAUGCAUGAGGUGGCAGAUGUCAAAAGAUGCAUGAGGUGGCCACAACUCUAGCAUUGGCAAGUAUUUAUCCUCCACAAAUUAAAGUGUUCGAGUUGAGACAAUUGUCAUUGAAGUUUGAAAGGCAUCUGGUUUCAGAAAUUAUUAAUUUUCAGGUACUAGAUGAUGAUUAUUCAAAGAUUGCAUUUUUGUGUGCUGACCGUUCUGUUUGCCUCCAUGCAAAAUAUGGAAGUCACUACAGCUUAAGGAUUCCAAGAAUGGGAAGGGACAUUGCAUAUGACUGCUGGUCCUGUGACUUGCUAUGUGCUGCUUCUUCCCCAGAUUUAUACAGAAUAAAUCUGGAACAGGGUCGUUUUCUGUCAUCACUUAACACACAGUCACCUGCUAUAAAUGCAAUUUCUCGAAGUAGCGUUCAUGGGCUCAUUGCUUGUGGUGGUGAGGAUGGUGCUGUGGAAUGCUUUGAUUUGAGAAGAAAAUCUUCUGUUGGUAGAAUCAAUGCUGUCAUGCCUGCUGGUGAUGUUGACCAUGAGGUCACUGCUGUGCAGUUUGAUGAAUUUCAAGGAUACCUCAUGGCUGUUGGGAGCAGUGCUGGAAAGAUAUCAAUCUAUGACUUGCGUAUGUCAGAUCCUGUUCGAAUUAAGGAUCACAUGUAUGGAAGCCCAAUAUUGAACAUCAAAUGGCACCAGACACUUAAUUCUGCAGAACCAAAAUUGGUCACCGCAGAUAGUCAUGUUGUUAGGAUAUGGGAUCCUAAUACGGGAGAUAACAUGACCAGCAUAGAACCAAAUGCGGGAACUAUCAAUGAUAUAUGCAUUUUCCGCGAGAGUGGCUUGAUGUUACUGGCUUUGGAUUGCAGCCAGAUACCAGCCUACUUCAUACCUGCUCUUGGUCCUGCCCCAAAAUGGUGCUCCUACCUUGAAAACAUAACGGAAGAGAUGGAGGAAGGAUCACAAACAACCAUAUAUGAUGAUUACAAGUUUUUAACUAAAGAAGACCUUGAACGGCUCAAUUUGACAAAUUUGAUUGGCACCAAUCUCUUGAGAGCUUAUAUGCAUGGCUUUUUCAUUGACUACCGAUUGUAUAAGAAGGCACAAGCUUUGGCAGAUCCUUUUGCAUAUGAUGCUUACAUAGAGAAACGGAAGCAAGAGAAGAUAGAUGCUGAGCGGGCUUCUCGAAUUACAAUCAAGAAGAAGUUACCAAAAGUGAACAGGCUUCUUGCAGCUCGCUUGCAUGAAAAACAAGAAGCAGAAGAAGCCGAGACAAAGUUGGAAGAUGCUGACACGAAAAAGAAAACAUCGAAGAAAAAUAGAGGAUUAAGCAGUGAGAUCCUGAGAGAUGAGCGUUUUGCAGCAAUGUUUGAGAAUAAGGACUUCGAAGUUGAUGAACUUUCACCUGAGUAUCUUGCGCUUCAUCCACAAACUGCCAAGAAGCAGCCCUUUCUGAUUGAAGAACAUUUUGAACCACUUAUUGAGGAUGAGGAGCAGGAGAUCAGUGACUCUGAUGCUUCACAGGCCUCCCAGCCAUCAGAAGAUAAAUCUGAGAUGGAUAGGAGUAAAGUGAAGAAAUCGAAGCGCAUGAGGUUGUACGAAGUCAAGGAUGAGCGCCAUGCCGAAGCAUUUUGGAAUCGUGAGUCCCUUGCCAAGGAGGAUUCCCUUUCUCUUGGUGAGAGGGUUGCUACUCUCCAGGAUCGGCAGGAAUCAGGUACUCCUAAUGAUGUAAAGUUUGGGGCAGGUGGCUCACGGGAAAUCUCAUUCGUCUCCAGAAGCUUGAAAAAAAAACGUAAGACUGAGGAGCCUCAAGAGGGAAAAAAGAGGGGCAUCCGAACCCUAGGCCUAAAGCCUAGUAAAGCAGAGUUCUAUUCCAUGGGACAGGAUGGUGGUAGAGGGAAAGGUGGUCAUCGCAAGAGUAGAGGAAGGGGUCGGAGGUGAAAAUGCAGAAAUUUGUAUCCUUGGAUGUGGCUUUCAUUGUGCAAUUUUGGGUGAUUUGAGCAUUCAAAGUUUUUAUCUUUGUGCAAUUUUGGGCAACUUGAGCAUCCAAAUUUUUUUGCGCUAACAGAGUAUCUUGGUGUAAGAUUGUAUCAAAUUUUGAUAUCUUUUCUUUUAUAUGAGCUCACAAGUUAAAAUUAUAUUCAAGUUUUUUCAGAAUGUUGCUUUA